CUAAUAGCAAAGACUUUGUUUUAAAACCACGUUUUCUAACUUCACUAAACUGGCCAAGAGAUGGCGCCGAAAUACAGUAGUCAACAUUUGAAAUGGAUUAAAACCUUUCAUUAAAGUUGUCCUAAAACCUUCUUAGGACAACUUUGACUUUAAGUGGCCUACUGUAGUUUUCCUCAGGAGUUUUUUCGCGCCAUUCAGUGACGUGACGACGCCUACGCUCACUCGACGCCAGCUUGCCUCGAGAUAAAUUUACUACGUUACUUUACCAACUUCUGGUGGUCGUGUUUUAGAGUGGUGAAAUGAACUGGUUUCACUGUAACAACUGUUUUGUGAGAGAAGGGAAAAAAUUCAUAGUGUCAAGCUGUGGCCAUAUAUUUUGUGAGAACUGCGUAAAUACAAGGCAGUGCCGAGUUUGUCAUGCCAACUGUAACUACCUACAAAUAUCUGAUCAGAUGAAGCCUCAGGAAAAGAUGUUUUUCAGAGAUCCAGAGAAACUCAUUCAGGCUCGUCUGGAACGUAUUACACAGAUUGCUAUUUUUCAGAAAAGGCAGAAGGAGCGAGUCUUCGCUUUCUUAAGAAGCAGGACUGUGGAACUGGAACGAAAGCUGAAAGAAGUUCGUGAUGAGUGCCACAGGCAAGUCUCUGAGCUGAAACAAGAGAACGAAGAACUAAAGAAGCCGCUUUCUCAGAGGAGGACUUCUCCAGGGAGGUUUCCGAUUAAUGGAGGAACUCCAAGAAUGAUUCUUCCUGUGGCUGUCACAUCACCAGUCACACCUCGCUCUAGAGCUGUCAGUUCGGGUGACACUUUGGAGAGGUUUAGACAUUCCAGACUCGGCAUGACAACACCCCCAGGGUCGUCCAUCUCUAUGUCAAGUGUGAAUUCAGUACAUGAACAUGGUUUUAGGACACCCAGCUCAGUUCACACUCCAACAAGGUCCCAACAUACAACCCCAAACAACUUUCAGUUCCAUCUUCUGGCUAGACAUACACUCCAGUCUCCACGGCCAUAACCAAUAAGCAUUUGUAGAUAAUACAGGUCAUUAGAAAGCUACUUUAUCACUAAUGUACCUACAUCACCCGACAGAUGAGUGAGAUCCUUUGCAUCAUAUCAGUGGAGAUAGCACAGAUAAAAGCAAUAUAAGACAUAAAUGUUUUUAAUGUACUUUGGCCAUUCAGUUUCACAAAUUUUCUCAUUUGUUGAAUGAGGCUAUUGCUGAAUUGAAAUGGUACAUAUAGACAAAAUGUAACUUGCUUUCAUUUCCCAAUAGAAUUGGAAUUGCAAUUAAAAGACAUGCGAAAAUCAAAAACAUCUCAACAUUUUUGUAAGCUUGGCUCAGUUAAAAUAAAGGAUGUCAGAAAUAUAUGAAGUGCAUUUUUACCAGUGUAUUAUAACAGAAAGCGAAACGCACAAAAGCUACAAUAUGAUAGGAACGAGAAAGAGGAAUGUCUUCAAGAACUCUCCAGCAUUAUUGAUUUAUUGUAUACUUAUAAAUAUCAGCUGUAUUGUGGUCCCUUUUUUAUAGAUGGAGUUUGAUAACAAAACGUAGACAUGAUCCUACAAAUGUACAAAAGAUCUGAGCUUCUAGCACACAUAACCAACACUUGUGUGUCUGUGUUGAUAAGUGAAAUACUGAUCUAAUUUAAACCUUAGUUUUUAUACUAAAUAUAGUUCUACUCCAGAUAUUGUGAAUAAUUUGCAGUUCAAGCCAUUUCAUACCCCAUUUGCCUAAUUCAAAUGUGAUAUAAUUACAACUAGAGUUGUCAAAAGUACCAACUUCGGUACUGAAAUUUUAAAAAUGUGACACUUUGAGCACUGUUGAGCGGAUUCGUAAACACCUCUGAUUGGCCAUUGUGUUGACGCGCUCAUCGGAUAUGUCUGUGAUUGGCUACAAUGAUCAACGCACGGGAGCAUUUGAAAGCACACAGAAGUGUUUGAAUUUGAAAGCGGGAGCGUUUGAAAGCAGGUGGACUAUCAGCGGACUGGGGCAGUGUUGCUAAGUCCACGGUUUUCCCGUGGAAUUGGGCUACUUUAACAUUGUUGCUGCGAGUUGUUUUUCAUGUCCGCGGGUUGAAGCGACCACAAAUAACAUGAUAUUUAGCCGCUGAAAUACGAAUUUUACCAGGGGAACCCUGCCAAAAAUGCGGAUUUUACCCGCCGGAACACCAUUUUUACCUGGGGACCCCCCUGAAACACAGUUGGGCUAGUUUUGAGCAGCAAUUGGGCAGGUUUUGUUGUGAAAACCUGGCAACCCUGGACUGGGGUGCGUUUCCCAAAGUGAACUAUGGUCGCAAGUUCUGUCAUUACCAAUAGAGAUCAAUGGGACUUACGACCAUAGUUGACUAACGAUGCUUUUGGGAAACGCACCCCUGGUCCGUGAUAGAUGACUGCUUUCAAACGCUCCCAUGUGUAUCUGUGUAAGCGCUAGGUGAAGAGUGUCAUAGAUGACUAUUUACAAUGUUUUUGAAGCAUUGAUUAUUGAAGCCAAUCACAGACGUAUCCGCUCACGUAGCGCUCAAAGCGUCACAUUUUUAAAAUUUCAGUACUUUCAGUACCAAAGUCCCUUAGUUGAAACAGCUCUCGGGCAUGCAAGUGCAGCUCCUAUCUCUUUAAAUGGGGAAACAUUAAAUUCUCCAAAGCUGUUCGCCAAGCUUUCGAUUAAAUUUCAUAUUUGAAAUCAACCAAUGAAACAACGGUCUCAUAAAUUUUGUUUCUAAACGCUCGAAUCAUGACAAAAAAAUGUUAUUUUUCAGGCUGGAUCAAGCUAAUACGCAGUCCUAAGUGCGCAUCUGACUGUUUCUAUAGGAACCGGAGCUUUUAACGGCCGCUGCAGUGACGCGAUGACUUUACCAAUUGACGAUUGGCUCUUAUUUAGAAGGCAGGACUUAUUCCGCCAUAUUGCACGUUGCACUUUCUCCCAUUCAAAACAAUACUUGUGUUAUUCUAUAGUCUUUGUUGGUACCGAAAUCAGUACUUUUGACAACUCUGGUGGUAAUUAUAUCACAUUUGAAUUAGGCAAAUGGGGUAUGAAAUGGCUUGAACUGCAAAUUAUUCACAAUAAUUCUAUGUAAUGAAAAAACUCUAAUUACCACAUUUGAUGAGAUAUCUUUGAUAAUGUUAAUAAGAUAAUUGGACAGAAAGCAGCAGUGAGUUAAACAAUUGGUCAUGUUUUAUUUUGCCUCCCUGAAACAAAUUUAUUUACAGACAAUAAGGCACAAGAUUUUACAAAAGCCAUGGCUUUUGUUGUCUUUUCAUUGGGUACUGAACAAAUCUGCAGUGGAGGAGGGAUGUAUUCAAAUGAAAUGUUUAUUCACAAUGAAGUAGCAUGAUUAGAGAGAUGGAUCCAUAAACCUCUAAGUGCGGAAUGUUAGCUCAUUAGAAGGGGAAAAAAAAAAAAAUAUAUUGUAAACUUAAGGUUUAUAUCGUUUGAGAGGGAAUCAAUAUACAGUGCCAUAUGGAUCUUCAAUGAAUUAAACAAAAACUUUUACAAAAACAUACUCUCACAUUGCUAACAUUUCUGGCCCAAACAUCUAAACUACAGUACCUAAUAGAUAACCAAACCAAAGUUCCUGGAAAAAUAAACAGUUUGAGCAUCAUAUCAGUUCUAAGAAGCAGCAGUUAAGGCUCUAAAAGAUUACUAACAAUAAUACCAACAACACAAACAUAAGAAGUGGAGGAACAGCCAGUGUACAGAUGAAUCCCCCCCCCUCCCCCCAUACCAUAACAUAACAAGGGUAAUACUUGGUAAUGAAUGUAGUCAAAUAGUCGGUAAAGACCAAAAAUACAUUACAGUUUUGCAUUUUCAAUACUGCCUGCCGGAUAAGUAACAAAUGGUGUAGUGGCUGUUGAAGAAAAUAUUUCACAUUGCUGUUUUUUAACACAGUGGAAAAGAGGGCAUUGCAUGAAGUGAUUUUAUACUGGGGUCUUGCUAAAUUACAGGACUCACAGCAGAUUAACAGACAUGAGCACAAACAGUUUUCUUCUUUAUAUUAAUCAAUAAUAGUGAGCUCUGGGUCCAGUGUUGUAUUGUCUUUAGACGCAAACCAGUCUC